UGCUUGGCGACAAAACCUCAAGUACAAAAAUCAAAGUCAGAGUGAUUGCGCAACAUUGCUCUUGCAAGGUCGAGCUUCUCUUAUGUUCUUGUCAGUCAGCUGUGAAGGGAGUUGGCAAGUGGAUACGUACUAAGAAAACAAGUACAAAAUGCCCAGUGUUGGCGGCGUGUGUGUGCCGGAUCUGCAGAAGGAGAGAGAGAAAUGUUGCUUUGAUAAAGAAGAAUUGACGCACUUGAUAGAUGGCGGAAGAGAGAGGACAGAAGAACGGAGGGAAUUCGAGAAAAUGCUACUGAAUGAUCCUGAAUACAUUGAUAAAAUCCCACCGAGUUACCUGAGCCACGAAGAUGGUUAUGCAAAUGAAUUAAGAAAAUCUUGCUACACAAUGAUGAAGGUUGCAAGUGCAGGCAAGGAAUACAGGGAACUUAUGAACGCGGGGACCCUACGAGGGAUCACUAAGGACGGAAAUCCCCUGGCCCUCCACUUGGCCAUGUUUAUACCGGCCAUCAUGGGCCAAGGGACGAGUGAACAGCAGGAAAAGUGGCUUGGAAGAGCACUUAAAGGCGAGAUCAUUGGGACGUAUGCACAGACGGAGCUAGGUCACGGGACGUUCCUUCGAGGGCUGGAGACGAGGGCGACCUAUGACCCGGUCAAGGAGGAGUUCGUUCUACACUCGCCCUCCGUCACAGCCAUCAAAUGGUGGCCUGGGGGGUUGGGCAAAACCUCGAACUAUGCGGUGGUGAUGGCACAGUUGUACAUCGAAGGAAAAUGCUUUGGCCCGCACCCUUUCAUGGCGCAACUCAGGGACGAACGAACGCACGAGAGUCUGCCAGGCGUAACUCUUGGCGAGAUCGGGCCUCGUUUGGGAUUGAAUACCAACGACAACGGUUUCCUGAAAUUCGAACACUACCGGAUCCCACGAACCAACAUGCUUAUGAAGCACUCACAGGUGUUGAAGGACGGGACGUACGUGAAACCCAAGCACGAGAAGUUAGCGUACGGCACCAUGGUCUUAGUGAGGGUCGGAAUAGUCCGUGACGCUUGCAAGCAACUGCAGAGGGCCGUCACCAUCGCUACGCGCUACUCUGCCGUCCGACGUCAGUCUGAGAUUGUGCCGGGAGAAAAAGAACCACAGAUCCUCGACUUCCAGACGCAGCAGUACAAGCUCCUGCCCCAGAUAGCGUCUGUGUUCGCCCUUCUGUUUUCGGCCAACGACCUGGCGACCACGUACUUGCAAGUGUUAAAGGAUAUGACUAAAGGGAACAUGGAGAUGCUGCCUGAGCUUCAUUCUUUGUCCAGUGGUUUGAAGGCCCUCAGUGCCGCCGACGCUACCGAGGGCGUAGAGAUCUGCCGUCUGUCUUGCGGCGGCCACGGCUACCUCAAGUCGUCCAACUUGCCGAGGAUCUACUCGGCGACGACCUGUGCCAUUACCUACGAGGGGGAGAAUACCGUGUUGUGGUUGCAGGUUGCCAGGUAUCUCAUCAAGUCCUUCCGCGGAGGCAGAAAGUGCCAGCCCCUCGGCGAGUCUGUGGCGUACCUUUCCUACAAGCCCGACGUGGCUGGCUUGCACACACUCACCAAUGAAGCCUUGGUCGAAGCCUACAAGAUGUCUGCCUUGAAGCUAGUGGCAGACACAGAGAGCAGACUGCAGAAGUUGUGUGAUAUGGGUCAGAGCUUCCAUCACGCUUGGAAUAAUUGUUCGGUUUUGCUAGUCAGGUGUGCUCAGGCCCACAUAAGGUAUUUCGUGUGCGAGAAGUUCCUCCAGCGCGUGACGUCAUCAACUAUGAGCGAGGGCCUGAGGGGAGUGUUGCAUCAGCUGUGCAGAUUAUACCUCAUUUACCAAAUCACACGUAAUCAAGGAGAUUUUCUGAGGAGCGGCUCCCUGACCUCGGCCCAAAUCUCGACCCUGGAGGAUGACCUCAGCUUACUCUUAACCUCGCUUCGACCUCAGGCCGUGCCCAUCGUCGACGCCUUCGACAUCCACGACGAGAUUCUGGACUCGACUCUGGGGGCGUGGGAUGGCCGGGUGUAUGAGAGGUUAUACGAGGACGCCAUGAAGAGUCCGCUGAACAAGACCGACGUCCCUGAAGCUUAUCACAAAUUCCUGAAGCCUCUGAUGAAGUCACAGCUGUAGUUUCAAGCCUUUAACAGCUGUGAGAGUUAUAGAGGAGGUUUUGUUGGAGGAAUCAUUAGGAGUGUCGUCCAUGUGGAUUUCGUGAUUGUGUUGGUCAUGUAUCUCGUUGGUGUGAUGAUGAUGAUGAUUGUGAUGAUGAUGUGAUGAUGAUGAUGAGGAUGAGGGUGAGGGUAAGGAUGAUGAUGAUGAUGAUGAUGAUGAUGAAGAUGAUGACGAUGAUGGUGAUAACAUUAAUGAUAAUAAUAAUAAUAAUAAUAAUGAUAAUAAUGAUAAUGAUAAUAGUAAUAGUAAUGAUGAUAAUAAUAAUAAUGAUAAUAAUAAUAAUAAUGAUGAUAAUAAUAAUAAUAAUGAUAAUAAUAAUAACAAUAAUGAUAAUAAUGAUGAUGUAAGGUAAGAUACAAAAUAUCGCUAUUAUAUUGGUAAAUUGGUCAUGAUACGAUUCCCUGAAAUACGUUCUUUUUAAACUUGAAUAUGCAUAUAGUCAUGAAGUGAAGACUAUACAUUUGCAUUUAUUUUACAUGACCUGACAACUGGUAAACUCGUUAGGAUGAACCGGAAAUAAAUGUUCUUUUAUAGCGUCAUUUUCUUUAGCGUUAAACACACACACACACACACACACACACACACAUACACACACACACACACACACACACACAUACACACACACACACACACACACACACACACACACACACACACACACGCACGCUUAUAUCAUCAUAGAUUUGUUUUCUUAUCACAACGGGUAAUAUAUUGAUGAAGUUAUCAAUAUAAUUAUCAUAUCAUUAUCACCAUUAAUGUUAUAAUCAUCCGUAUUAUCCCUGGUGCUACUAUUUGGAAACCAAUGUGAUGAAUUAUGACGCUGUUGAGGAUGUGUUAUGUUGCUCUGUGAGGAAACCUGUUCAGUGGCUGUGAUAUAAACACUGUUUGGGUUUCCGUCUGCAUAUUCUGUAGUUAAUAAACUUUUGAAAUAUA